AUUCAGUUCAAACACUUUGCAACUAUUAAGUGUUAAUGUUGUGCAAUGUUUAUUAUAUUUAUUUUCUUCAUUUAAACACAGGAAAUUUUUUGUGUCAUCAAUUAUAAAUUUAUUCCAUUUGACAAUUUCAAAAUAUGAUUUUCAUUUUUUAUCAACAAAUUUUGUUUAAUAAUAAAAAAUGGUAAAUUUAAGGAUAUUGAAAAUCCUUCUUGUUAUUUCAUCUGGUGCUGUUUGCUUACAAUUACAGAAUGUAACACUAAAUAAUUUUGAAAAUGAAUUUAGAUUAAAUUUUACAUUUUUUGAAUUAAUACAAAAAUGUGAUUCAAAAGUUUCAAAUAUAAGUCAAAUUCUUAGAACUGCAAAUAAUGAAUUUUCAAAGAAAUUAUCAAAAAUUUCAAAUCAAUUAUGGGAUCUUAGUGUACCAAAAUUGGAUACAUAUUCCCAUGGUGAAAGUCCAUCUUUUCAAUUAUUAAAAUCACGUUGUAACAAUGAAUCAGGAUUGGAAUUUUUUUUUGAAUUUUUAAUAAAAGUUAUUCAACUUUGCCAUGAUAAUAAUUUACAAUUGACAAAUGAUGAGAUUAAAAUUUUAUCUAAAUCAGCUGCAUCUCAAAUUUGUUCCUAUUUAGAAUUAGAUUCUCUCCUAACAAUGACAGAUAACGAAUGUAUUGAAAAAAUUAAUGACAAUAAGCAAUGUUUUACUUCAAUAAAUAAUAUGACUGGAAACUACAAUUCAUCUCUAUUCAAUAUUCUGUUAAAUUUAAAACUUGAACAUACUCGUGACGAAUGCAGCAUCUUCUUAAAAAAUUGGGAAUGUCAAAAGGAUAUUAUAAAAUCGUGUAAAAAUUCCUCAGCACAAAUGCACGAAAUAUGGAUGGACAUCAGAAAAUCAUACUUAGGAUGUAAUUCGGAGACAUCAACAUUUACAGACAGACCAUCAAGAAUAUUUGAUGCCGAAAAAAGAAGAUUCAAUUUCACAAUUCCGGAAUUAAUAAGAGUUUGUAAAUCGAAGGGAAUUGAUUUAAAAGAAAACACAAAACAUGCAGAUUUUCAUGUUUUUGAUAUAUUUCUGGUGUGUAGUGGAAAAGUGGAUUUACAAAAUUUUGAAGCACUUCCUAAUGAAGUGAUAAAUUGUAUGAAAAAACAUUGUUACGAGAAUCAUACAUUACGUGCUUCAUUUGAGAAAAUAAUUGAUUCCAUUCAAUUUUGUUACAAUGAUGUAGAUCAAAUUAGUUUACUGGCCAAGCAAAAUUUGGCACAAUCAUCAGUACAGACAUUCUGUGAUAAAAUGUUAAUGGGUGAAUUAGCUUUUCAUGAUUCUGCGAGUACUCAUCGAAGUUGGAAAAACUGUUACGAAAAACUCGAAAAUCCAGAGGAUGAAUUGACAAAUUUCUUUGUUCUCUUGAGUGUACCACAUAUUUUUACUCAAAAACAGUGCAGUUUUUAUGCGGGAUUCUUUGCAUGUGCACGAAAUGAAUUCGAAAAUUCAAGUCAAGAAACGAAAGCUGCUAUCGAAGCUGUCAGAUUGAGUUUAUCGAAUUGUGACUGAUUAAUGGUGAAAUUUUAUAUAAAAUUAUUUUUAUUAUAAUGUAAACAUCGACUAUGUUAAUAUUAAUUUUUCUAAUUUUUCUAUUUAAUGUAUUAUUAAUUCGUUUAUUUAAAUAUAAAAAGAUUAUUAUUGGUA